ACCGAAUUGAACCGAUUAAUGCAACCUCUCUCUCAAAAAACCUCUGUUUCUCUCUCCCUUCUCUCUCUCUCUAUCGAAGACGGCUUCUCCCUUCUGUUCUCUGCUUCCCACUUCGCCGGAGCCGCCCUUCUUCAACACUUUCACUGAACUAGGAAUUGUAGCCAUCUAUCCAUUGAAAUCUCUGCCCAAGCUUCCCGUACAAAAGCGAUAAUACAUGAGCUGACUGGAGGCCAUUUAUCUGCUACAAUGCUUAAGAUGGAUGAAUUUUUGAAGAAUCAAAUCUUCUCAACCCAUGCAGUUGCUGCUGCAGGCUCAGUGACUCUAAGCACAGUUCUUACUUACCCUCUUGACACUAUUAAAACUCUUAUCCAGGUCGGUUCUGAUCCUCUAGGAUCUGGUAAACAGUUGACGACGACUCAAGUUUUACAGAGAAUUCAAUCUUUCUCGGGUAAUUCAGGUUUGUAUAGUGGAUUUGGAUGGUUGGCCUUCGGGAGACUAUUUGGUAUAGGAGCUCGAUUUGGAAUAUAUGAAAUUGUGACAGCAUUUUAUAAAGAUGGUCGUGAAGAUGAUCAUGUGCACGUGUCCGAGGCUCUUCUGGCAGGACUUAUGGCUGGUGCAGUGGAAUCAUUGAUAAGCUCUCCAUUUGAGAUUGUUAAACUUCGUGCUCAGGUGGCUUCUGCUGUUCGUGUACCGAGCUCAGUCUCUCUUGUUGGACAAGAAGGAGCUCUUGUGCCUUCUAUGUCAAGAUUUCUCCAUGGGUAUACACCAGAUCAGAAAGCCUUAAACCAUUCAGUUGGUCUGUUAUCCACCCUAACAACUAAGCACCCAAAUAUAAAAUGUGCCUUACAAGAGUAUCCGUGGAUGAUGACGGGGUCGGGGAGGCCACCCGCAGUCAGCAAUGUCCAUAGGCCGUCAGACAUUGUGUCACUAGAAGGAUGGGGGGCACUUUGGAGAGAUCUACGAUCUGGGAUUGCAAGGGAUUCUGUCUUUAGUGGUGUAUUCUUCUCAACCUGGCAAUUUAUGCACCGAUCUAUGCUUAUUUGGAAGAGCAUCGAGAUGGACCCACCACCCAGGUCAGAUGAGGAAGUAGGGCCGCUGUCUCCUUUAUCAGUUAGUCUUGCAGCUGGAUUUUCGGGUGCAGUUGCUGCUGCUGCAUCUCACGGUUUUGACACUGCCAAGAGUCGAUCACAAUGCACCGUGCUGCCCAAGUAUGUUGCCAUGGAGAGGAGGUUUCUCAAAUGGAGAAGACCAGGCAAUAAAUUUGAGAGAACUACGGGAAUCCAUCCUGCAGAUCGGAGUCUUCUGUUCCGCGGUAUAGGAUUGCAAAUGGCUCGCUGUGGUUUCGGAUCGUUUUUUAUGGUUGGAGGUUACUAUAUGAUUAUUGAUCAUUUGUUGAAAGGAUGAAUUAUUUGCACGGAAUCCUUAGAAUGAGUACCAAAGAGAGUAAUGG